GUCUCGAGCAGUCUCUCUGUAGGCGAGCGGCGGGGCUGAGCUACCCUCUGUGGGAGUCCCUGUGGAGAAGAGGGGGGUCGACUCGCCCAAGCCGAGCUGUGGGGGCAGAGCUUCAUUUUACCGUAGAGCUUCUUUCUCAGCUGUCGCUCCCCGAACCCGUUGCCCUGUUAGGCCAUGAGCCUGAGAGGAGGAAAUAGAGUGCCUCUGAGUAUAUGCAAAGUGUAUUUCCCACGGCCAUGAACCGCUUUCUUCGAAUUGAGAAGAGAACCUCUAGGGGAGACACCCUCUCUUUUGUGCUUAUCUUUCACCAAACAGCCCUUUAAAUGCUCGGUGUUUAGGACAGUGAAGUGCUGAAUUCACUUGUAGUGGCUUCAUAAUUCUCCAAACAGCCUUGCAAGCUGCUGAGUUGCAUCUGUUGCCUGACUGCUGUGGCCUCUCAGAGGAGUCUUCUUGUGGAACAGUGUGUGCGUGGCACCAAAUCACAGGCUUUUGAAGCAUUCUGCUGCUUGACAGCUUCUCUUCUCCUCCCGUCCCUUCGCCUUUGCUUUUCGUACCUCAGUUCCGCAGAGCCUUCCUGCAGGAUGACCCGUGAUGUGGGUCUUGAUGAUGAACUUCCAGACUGGGCUGGAGCCAAAGAGUUCUACCAAAAAUAUGACCCUAAGGAUGUUAUUGGCAGGGGCGUGAGCAGCGUGGUCCGGCGAUGCAUACACAAACAGACAGGCCAGGAAUAUGCAGUGAAGAUUAUUGAAGUAACUCCAGAGCGCAUGACCCCACAGCAGUUGGAGGAAGUGCGUACAUCAACGGUCAAAGAGAUUGCUAUCCUGCGCCAGGUCUCUGGACAUCCCUAUAUCAUUACACUUAUAGAUUCUUAUGAGACAUCCACCUUCAUUUUUCUUGUAUUUGACUUGAUGAGACGUGGAGAGCUUUUUGACUACCUUACAGAGAAAGUUACCCUCAGUGAGAAAGAGACCAGGUGUAUCAUGAGAGCCCUCUUGGAAGCUGUGAGCUACCUUCAUGCCAACAACAUCAUCCACCGAGACCUCAAGCCUGAGAACAUCCUCAUGGAUGAUGACCUCAGCAUCAAACUCUCAGAUUUUGGCUUUUCCUGCCACUUGGAACCGGGGGAGAAGCUGCGAGAGUUGUGUGGAACCCCAGGAUACUUGGCUCCAGAGAUCCUCAAAUGUUCAAUGGAUGAGACUCAUCCUGGAUAUGGGAAGGAGGUGGACCUCUGGGCCUGUGGAGUCAUCUUUUUCACUCUCUUAGCCGGCUCUCCACCCUUUUGGCACCGCAAACAGAUGCUGAUGCUUCGGAUGAUCAUGGAAGGGCAAUACCAGUUUGGCUCCCCUGAAUGGGAUGAUCGAUCUGACACAGUCAAGGAUCUGAUUUCACGAUUGCUACAGGUGGAUCCUGCAGUACGUUUGACAGCUGAACAAGCUCUGCAGCACUCUUUCUUCCACCGCUAUGGGAAGGAGUGCCGGCAUUUCAGUCCCUACCGAAAAUUCAGGGUGAUAGCAUGGACAGUGCGGGCCUCCAUCCGCAUCUUCUUCAACUACCGACGGGUACGGCCAGUCACUAAGGAGCUGCUGCUGUGCGAACCUUAUGCGCUCAAGGGAGUGCGUAAAUUGAUUGACGCCUGCGCCUUCCGCAUCUAUGGCCACUGGGUCAAGAAGGGUGAGCAGCAGAACCGGGCCGCCCUCUUUGAGAAUGUUCCAAAGGCCAUCCAGCUGGUCUUGCUGAGCACAGAGGGGGAGGAGGGCCCUUACUCUGCUGUGGAGGACCCUCCCAACUAGAGUGUUUACUGCUGCUCUCUCUGCAGUUGCAGGAGAACUGAGACUCGGAUACUGUAAUGAAGAGGGAGGCAGGAGCCGCAGCAAGCCCUGGGCUCCCCUCCCUCCCUCAGCACUACAGACCACCCCUGCCAAGUACGCCUGCCAUUGCAUGCCAAGGGGUCUAAUUUUCUGGGAACAGGAACUUUGGGAAUCUGGGCUCAUGGCUGAUAGGAACAACAGUCUCCUAACAUUCUUGGAAAGGGACCCUAGAGCUAUGUAAGUUAGGAAUAUAGAGCCACCCGUAUUGUCUGAUAUGGAAGCAUUAGGAAGAAUCAGGAAGAGAAUUUUUUCAUCUGUGCAGAGUAAGAAUUAUGGCCUUUCAUAUAUCUGCCCCACAGUACAGAAAGCUCCUUCCUCCCCCUCCAAUAAGCGAGUUUUCCUAUUGCUAAGGGAACAAGCAUCCUUGUAUGGUUAGUAUGGGUGGGAGGGAUUGGGAUCAGACUAUUACAUUUUACCUCCCUUUCCAGACGAAGAGAGAGUGGGCUUGGCUCCUCUCUGUAGAAUCAUGUCCUUUAUGUGGUUACGUCAUCUCUCCCCCUCCCCUGCCACUACCAUGUCAAAAUAAAAAUGGAACAAGACCAAAACC